ACUAUUACAAACAGCGGCAUUUGGAGAGAGGAGCACACGCGGGGACAGGCGAGAGAGCUCAGCUGUGCAAAUCCUCUCCAAAGGGCAUCAGCUCCUGAACAGCACAUUCUGAAUGGAUUGCCAGUUACAUUAAUAGAUUACACUAAGGAUUUGCAUUUCCGAAAAGGAGAGGGACAACAUCUGUAUAUAUUGAGCUCAAACUUCCCUUCUGGCACAAAGGAGUCAUCAUUGGAUGCAUCAGUUUGCGUCGGGUGUCCAUUCGCUGUAAAAGUGCCUUGUCAGUGAGAUUUCUUUCUCUUCUUCGAAAGGAAACAAUCUGUGGCCAUGGAGGAUUGGGACGUUCCACAAUUCAAGAAGGAAGUGGAUAGUCUGAAGUACCAACUCUCAUACAAGAGAGAGAUGUCUUCCAAAACAAUCCCUGACUUUGUGAAGUGGAUAGAAGAGGGAGUGCCAAACGACCCAUUCUUAAACCCAGAGCUAAUGAAGAACAACCCCUGGGUAGAGAAGGGCAAAUGUGCUAUACUUUGACAUUUUCAAACUGCUCUGUAUAAAACAAUUUAUUUGUAAAGAAAGAGACUCUCGAGGAGAAUUUUGUUGGCAGUCUUUUAAAUUCUUAAACAUAUGCAUUACAUUUUUUGUACAUUUUAUGGUAAUUCUAGGCAAAAUCAUUGUAUGAGUGAUCAACCAAC